AAAAACAAUACAAGAAGUGAUUUCAGCCCUUUGACUCUUGCAUCUUUUGAUUUCAUCUUCAAUGAAACCUAAAUCAGACACAAGCUAUUAUCUGGAGAAAGUAGUACAAUUUUAAUCUUAAUUCAGACAGAAACCGUAGAGAAAAGAAACCCCCUUUUGUGAAUUAUCGAUCGUUGUUCCGCUUGAUCAUCGGUAUGAAUAUGCAAAUCCAAAGACAGCGUCUUUUCGUUGUUUUAAUUUCAGUUUUCUUGUUUUGGACGCGGGUUCAAUCGGUCCGAUUCGAUCUGGAGUCGGGUCACACCAAAUGCAUAUCGGAGGAUAUAAAGAGCAACUCAAUGACUGUCGGAAAGUACCAUAUCGUAAACCCUAAUGAAGGACACCCUUUACCUGACUCUCAUAAAGUUACUGUUCGGGUUACAUCAGCUUAUGGUAAUAGCUAUCACUAUUCGGAUCAUGUAACUGAGGGGCAUUUUGCAUACCAAGCAGUAGAACCAGGUGACUACAUGGCUUGCUUUUUUGCUGCUGAUCACAAACCUCAUACUACUUUAACCAUUGAUUUCAAUUGGAAGUCUGGUGUUGCCGCCAAGGACUGGACCAAUGUUGCCAAAAAAGGUUCUGUUGAAUUAAUGGAAUUAGAACUGAAGAAAAUGUUUGAUGUAGUACAAUCCAUUCAUGAUGAGAUGUAUUACCUACGUGCAAGGGAAGAGGAGAUGCAACAACUGAAUAGAUCUACUAACAACAAAAUGUUCUGGUUUAGUUUUCUAUCAAUUCUUGUUUGCCUAUCUGUGGCAGGACUGCAGCUAUGGCAUCUCAAGUCUUUCUUUGAGAAGAAGAAGCUUAUUUAAUAUUACAGUUCUGAAUCAUUUUACUUAGUUUUUUUCUUUUCUUUUCCGGUUGAUGUACGAUUAUUCAUCCGCAUAGGGGCAGAGAUUGAAUUACAUUUUUGAUUCAAAGUGGGGAAUGGGGUUAGAAUAAAAGCUGAGGCAGUAGUGUGGUAUAGGGAGUUUUAAUGAAUGGAGAAAUACUGUUGUUUAGAAGGGCAUGGCAUGCAGAUAGUGCCGUACAUGAUGAGCACAGAUAUGACUAUUGAAAUCAUAUGCUAGUAAUGUUUAAGCGAUGU